AUGCCUCGGAUAACCAAACAACCGCUAGAACUACUCGCAACAUCAGACAACGCACUCCCCAAACUCCACCACCACCUCCAACAUGUCCAUCCCGACCAAUUCCACGGCUGGCUCGGCCACGACCCGUCCUCCGCCCAAGGCCACCUCCACUGGCAACCCUUCACCCCAAAGCCCUUCACACCCACGGACAUCGACAUCAAAAUCACCCACUGCGGCAUCUGCGGCUCCGACAUCCACACCCUCCGCUCAGGCUGGUCCCCGACACACUACCCCAUCUGCGUCGGCCACGAGAUCAUCGGCCACGUCGUGCGCGCCGGCGCCGCCGUAUCCUCGCGCUUCGCCAUCGGCGACCGCGUCGGCGUCGGCGCGCAGGCCAUGAGUUGUCUGCGCGACGACUGCGACGACUGCGCCUCGGGCCAGGAAAGUUAUUGUCCCAGGAGCGUGGGCACGUAUAAUGGGCGGUACCUCGAUGGGAGCUGGAGUUCCGGCGGGUACGCGGAUUACGUGCGCGUCCCGGGCCACUUUGUCGUCAAGAUCCCCGAGGCGCUGGCGUCGCUGCAUGCGGCGCCCAUGAUGUGUGCGGGUAUUACGGUGUGGGCGCCACUGAGGCACAAUGGCGCGGGGCCGGGGAAGCGCGUGGGGAUCGUCGGGAUGGGAGGGUUGGGCCACUUCGGCGUCAUGUUCGCAAAGGCAAUGGGUGCGGAGAAGGUGGUUGCGAUUUCGCGGCGAAGGAACAAGGAGGCGGAUGCGAGGGCUAUGGGGGCCGAUGACUACAUUGCGACGGCCGAGGACGACAAGUGGGAAAGGAAACAUAGCCGGUCGCUGGAUCUCAUCGUUUCGACCGUGUCGUCGCCGGAUAUGCCGCUCGCGGGGUAUUUGCGGUUGCUGAGGUCCAAGGGCCAGUUCAUUCAGGUCGGGGCGCCCGAGGAUAAGUUGCCCGGUAUUCCGGCGUUUGCGCUCAUUGCCAAAGGCUGCAAGAUUGGGGGAAGUUCGAUUGGGAGUCCCAGGGAGAUUGCCGAGAUGUUGGAGUUUGCGGCCGAGAAGGGGAUUAGGCCGUGGGUGGAGGCGAGGAGUAUGAAGGCGGCGAAUCAAGCGGUUGUGGAUAUGGAGGAGGGGAAGGCGAGGUAUAGGUAUGUGCUGGUCAAUGAGGAGCGGGCGGAUCAGGCGAAGUUGUGA